CCUUUUACAGUUCACUUUAUUUCAGACUGGUUGGUGCACGGUAAAGUUUUCAAAAUUUUUCUAUUGUCUUAGCAAGAUGAAUGGAAUGAAUCUUAUACUUUCGUUACAUUUCUUGUUUGUCUCUCUGUGCCACACCCUCCCGAUGGUGAUAAAUGAUGACGAACUGGCUGUUGAAGUGAACAACAGAGUGAAUAAGGAAAUCGACUUCGAUCAAAUGCUCCAAAAAUACAACUUGACGUCUUUUCGAAGUCUUCUGAAGCAAGCCAAGUUAUUUGAGAAGCUAAACGUUACAACCACGAGCUACACCGUAUUUGCACCAACUAACAAAGCAAUCAUAAAUGCAGCCAAAGGCGUACUUUCAAAUACUACUCGUCUGUCUGAAAUACUCCAGUACCACGUACAUCUGGGUGCCUUCCCAACAAGCAGGAUCGUACCAAAUAUGAAAGUAAAAACUCUACUUGGAGGUCAGCAGAAAAUUAGGUUUGAAAGAUACAAUGGGGCCUAUUAUGGAUCAUGUCAACCACUUGGUAGUGUUACCGAUGCUACAUAUGACAAUGGUAUCCUAGAUAUCAUGAAUGGAGUUAUGAAUCCCCCAGAAGGAGACGUCUAUGACAUUUUAAGCAAAACCUCAACAUUCUCAAGCUUUUUCAAGUAUGUGAACCAAGGCAGUAUUCAACAGAUGUUUCGUAGUCCAGGUCCAAUGACAUUGCUGGUACCCAAUGACGCUGCAUUUGAAAAAUUGUCAUCAGAUGUAAAAGAAAAGAUGGAUAGCAGCUUCAAGUUUCUACACGACGUUCUUGAAUAUCAUUUACUGUUGGAAAUAUACUGUUUAGUCGGUUUUGAAACUGGGAAGAUACAAACAUACACAGGAGAAAGUAUAAAUGUGUCUGUAAGCGGAACAAAAGUGGUGUUUAACAGCAACUCAACAGUGAUCCAAGCUGAUAUAAUUGCAUACAAUGGAGUAAUGCAAGUUAUCGACACCGUCUUGAUCCCGCCUCAGGCAGAUUAACAUUGAAUUGACUAUUGACGUGGUAUUUUUUGUUAUAUGUAGGAUCGUUUUCUAAAACAUUCAUUUGAUUGAAGUUAUUGAUCUUAAUUGACGAAAACUUCAGUGAUUUCAAUAAAGCAAGUCGCAGGGUUUUAGUGGUUUUUUAAUGUUUCCGUUUUAAUCGGUUAAUUCAGUGUUCUUCUCAAUAUAUAAGCCGCACUAAACUUGUCAGUUGUAAUAUUCAGUACCCGGUAAAAGCUAUCAGGUCGACGUAUUGUCAAAAGUGGCUUUGCUCUGAUGCUACAAAUGUUUGAACCUAAAAUACUAAAUAACUGACUGCAUGAUUGCAAAGAGUUGUGGGA